AUGAUCGAGGGCGCAGAUACCUAUUUUGAUCCCGAUGACGUUGGUCCGCACGAUAGUCCUAUAUUAAAAGCGAUGCAUAUCAAACUCGAACCCUCGCCGAGCCCUGAGGCUAAACCUCCACAUCCCAUCAGUCCGAUAUCUAGCCCAGGCGGACGCAAAGGGGGGAGACGACCAAAUAAUCGGGCUUGUCAGGCAGAUGCCGUGCUAGUUUCGUUGAUGGGAGGAGGGAAACGACCAGAUAUCGCGCGCAAUGCUGGGGAUGAGGCUUUACCUUCCGACGAGGAUGAGUACGAGGAAAGUCCCAUUAGAGGCACCGCAGUGGAAAUACCUGCCCAUGUUUUCUCCUCCGCUAGAGCCGAUCUUGACACAAUGAAGAUGGCAGCCGAUGCAUGCGCUAUACUAGGAGCUCAUGAAGAUCGAUCGGCUUUGAGAUCUUGGGACAAUUCGCAGAGCGCCACUGGUGAAGCUCCUGCAGUUAGUAAGUUGCUCGCAACCACCAAUGCAAAUUCACAAGCACAGAACACUAAAGAUACACCCAAAUGCAAUCCUCCUACACAUGCACCAUACCAAAAAGCUACGGCAGAAGUGGGUAUCAGAGCCGAGACCCAAUCUUCCCCGUCCACAGGUGAACUUCCACCUAUACGACACUCUCCUAAAUUAGGCCUUUCAAAUGGCAAUGGAAAUCAACAAAUCACAUUACCAUCGAUAAGUGCUCAACUGGGGGACCUCAACAAGCUUGCUGAAGCAGCAUCCACUCCAAACGAAGUAUCUUUCUCCCAAUCUCCGGGAAGACCAGCUUCCAGAUAUGCUUCUGGACCCGGAGCAACAUCACCAGCCAACUCUCCGAAUGACACCCGUAGAGGAAUGAUGUCUCCUAGCAGACCACCACAAUUCUACUUUGUCUCAAGUGAUCCCAGGAGAUCUUCACAACCCGAGGGGCCCCAUUAUAUAGCUGCUGGGGACUACAGCAGUAGCAGCAAUACGGAAACCCCAAGUACCGAUCAAUCUGGCUCGACUCCUGCCACCGUGGUAAUAGAUCGUAUGAGUAUUGAUGGCAUUACGAAUCCACAGGUUGGCGGCUUCCAGUGCACCAAUCCUGGCUGUAAAGCUAUUCCUUUCCAAACACAGUAUCUGCUAAAUUCGCAUGCAAAUGUGCAUUCUUCAAAUCGACCGCAUUAUUGUCUGGUCGAGGGAUGCUCUCGAGCCGAAGGUGGAAAGGGGUUCAAACGUAAAAAUGAAAUGAUAAGACAUGGUCUUGUCCAUGAUUCACCGGGCUACAUCUGUCCUUUCUGUCCCGAGAGAGAGCACAGGUACCCCCGACCGGACAAUCUCCAGAGACAUGUCAGGGCACAUCAUACAGAUAAAGACAAAGAUGAUCCGCAGCUGCGAGAAGUGCUAGCACAGAGACCAGAAGGUCCUAGCAGAGGACGGCGGCGCAGAGGAGGUAGUCGAUAG